AAAAUUCUGUCAUCACUCUACGUUGGCAACAAUAUGUGACUUUACACCAAGCAGCAAGCUGUCACUUUCUCAAGUAGAACCACCGGUUUCAUUCGUACCACCUCCGAAAAUACAAUCAACCAUCGAAUCGACACCAACGGACAUGUCAAGUGACCACUCACCUUGCUGUUUCCCUGUCGCUGAUUGGCUAGACUAUACAUUCAGCGAACUGAGCAUGCGCAUCGGCGGAUACAAAGAACUCCGGGACGAAUCGCCGCAACACCGCACGCUCAACAUCCGUUUCCACGACGACGACCGUGAGUGGGUGGACCGUUACCUCCGGCCGGUGGUCCAGGAGCAGUUGCCAUUCUUCAACGCGGUCACGUACGGCGACAAGACGUUGCACCGGGACGCCUUCGUAUUCGAUCACUUCAAAGACGACCUCGAAGUGAGCUUCAAGACCGUGUUCGUCGUGAGCAAGUCAUCUCUGGACGAUGCCGACUUCGUAUCCAUGGUGCGGCAAUCGUUUCAUCACACCAACCGCGUCAAGAUGAAGAAGGUACUUCUGCUUUUCAUUGACCCUCCUGAAGUCUUGACCCUUCCGUACGGCGUCAAGUAUUACGUGGACAAACAUAUGCCGUACCUGGUAUGGCCAGAGGGUGGAAGGAAAAGGGAAUAUUUCUGGAAGAAGUUUGUCAAGUGCGCAUCGAUAAAUAAGAGAUUGGUGUCUCCUCUUCCUGAGAGGUGCUACCUUCAUUCCCCAUGGCGCCAGUAGAUCAAGCCCGAAGACUAAAAAUAACCUUUUCCAUUAUGGACCCGAAACAAUUAUUACAGUGGCCAUUAUUCUAACCCUAACCCUAUAGUCCACACACUUAAACAAAUCAGUCAAAUUGACUAGAACAGUAGUCGGCUGUGUGUAACUGAUACGUCUAGUCACAUUUCUGUCCUAUAUUCUACAGUAUAGAAUACAAUCAGAAAUAACUGUUGUAGUAAAAUAUGACUAAUAAAAAAGCAGUCAAAUAUGACUAGAAUAAGAUUUGCACCCAGCUGACCCGAUUAAUAGUCAUUUUGACUGAUUUUUUUUUUGAGAUUUCAGUUAAAUUUAGUCCUUGGCCCAGCUGCAUGUACUAAAGUUACGGGAUACCGAAAUGUCAAAUUUAUGUUGUUGUUUUUUCGUUUACUCCUUGGUGAGACAAAUGUU